AUAUAUACACACACAAGGAAAUUAGGAAAGGACAACAAAACAUUACUGGGAAUAUUCUUAAUUCGCGUGCAAAACAGAUCAAUCAUGCUAAAAACUAUCUGGAUAUUGUACAGCUACAAAUCAUAGCGACCGACUGACAAUCGAAGAGGGAAAAUUCCUAAUGCCAAUCAAUAUGAUCGAAUUAUAUAACAAUAUCGUGGUCUCAUUUUAAUCAGAAGAGUUUCACUAUGUUAAUGAAAUUUUUAAUUAACAAAGUAUUAAAAAUAGAUAAGUUCCAUUGUUACAUUAGUGUUGUCUUACAGAUAUGAAGAUAUGUGAAGCUACUGCGAGCCGCUUAUUAUUAAAGUCUGUUAUAAAACGGUCGCCUCAAACGCCAUGUAUCAUGUACUUACCUAAGUGUCUACAUAGUAUCAGUAGCGCGAGCAGCGAGCAUUCUCAUUUCUUUUCUGUACAAAAUAAUGCUCGAUGAUAAGUGGGAUUUUCAUGUCGUAUAUAAGAGAAUAUUUCAAUACUAAUAAAAUACAUAUAAUGGUGGUGGCCUAUUCAAUACUCAAAGAGAUACAAAAUACUCAAGUUAAUUAAUGAAUUAACGAAUGAAGAAAUUUAUUAAAACAAUAGAAAUGAAUGUGAAAGAUAUACAACAAUUUGUACCAAAAAAUAAAGUUUUAGAUAGAUAUUCCAAAUAUAUAUUAACAUAUAAUUUUCUGAAAUUGAUCAUAUUCAUUAUUCUGCUUGGUGUAACAAUAGUGUUUUUACAACAAAGCAAAUGCAUUAUUAUAGAAGAAUAUGAAAAGGAUAUAAUCUCUAGAAAUGAUGAAAUUCUACAGAAUACAAAUUAUAAACUGGUUAAUGAUUCUAUGAUAUUAUCUAAAAAAGAAAAUUUUGAAUAUGAUAUAGAAUCUCAUGACACAAUAUCGAAAUUUCCUAGAAUUGUACAAUGCAACGACAUUCCUGCUACAUUACGCUUUGAUUGUCAUCCUGAAGAUGGAGCAUCCGAAUUAUCCUGUAGAAAUAGAGGUUGUUGUUGGAAUUCUCUUAACAGAAAAAUAUCAACGACAAGACCUGUUCCUUUGAAUCUUCCAUAUUGUUAUUAUCCAAGUGAUUGGAGCAUAUACAGGUAUCAAAAUUAUAGUAAAGAAGGAAACAACUUUUUUGGAUUCCUCAAACAAAUAAAAAGCUCCUUUUAUGAAAAUGACCUACCACUGGUUAAAGUAGAAACCAGCACUAUAGAUGAUUCUAUUCUACGUAUAAAAAUAUAUGAUCCUCUUAAGAAACGAUAUGAACCACCAUGGCCUCUCAGAGCAGAUCCCAAACCAUUUCUUCAAAAAAACGUUAAUGCAAAAUACAAAUUAGAGAUUGAUAAUACUAAACCUGGUUUUAAAGUAUACAGAACCUUCGAUGAUACAGUGAUAUUUGACUCUAUUAAUACAGCGGGUUUCAUAUUUGCUGAUCAGUUUUUGCAGAUAAGCGCUCUUUUGCCGAGCCAUAAUAUUUAUGGUAUUGGCGAACAUAAAACGAAGCUAAAAUUAAAUACCAAUUGGCAAAUGUUUACAUUAUUGAACAAAGAUCAACCACCAAUAGAAAAUGCAAAUUUAUAUGGAUCUCAUCCCUUCUAUUUCAUAAUUGAAAAUUCUGGAAGGUCUCACGGUCUUCUAUUUCUCAAUAGUAAUGCAAUGGAUGUGAUAUUACAACCGUCGCCUGCUAUUACCUUUCGAACUAUUGGCGGUGUUUUUGAUAUAUAUUUCUUUCUGGGUCCAACCCCGACAGAUGUCAUAAAACAAUAUUCUGAGAUAAUAGGCAAACCAUUUCUCCCCCCAUAUUGGUCCCUUGGUUUUCAUUUAUGCAGAUACGGAUAUGGAACGUUAGAAAAAACAAAGGAAAUAUGGAAUAGAACCAUAGCAGCGGGAAUUCCAUUUGAUACUCAAUGGAAUGAUUUAGAUUACAUGGAUAAAAAUAACGAUUUCACAUAUAAUCCAAAAACAUUUAAGGAGUUACCACAAUUUGUGAAUGAGAUACAUUCGAAAGGAAUGCAUUAUAUUCCCUUGAUCGAUGCGGGAAUAUCUGGUUCUGAAAAGCACGGAACUUAUUUGCCAUAUGAUGAAGGUAUGAAAGAAGAUAUAUUUAUAAAAGAUGGAGCAACUGAUCAGCCAUUUGUUGGCAAGACGUGGAAUUUUGUUUCUACUGUGUGGCCUGAUUUUACGAAUCCCAAAACGCAAAACUAUUAUUUCCACAUGAUGAGCAACAUGCAUGAUAGUUUUGCAUACGAUGGUGCUUGGAUCGAUAUGAAUGAGCCAUCUAAUUUUUACGAUGGACAUAAAAAUGGAUGUCCAAAAAGUAAAUUGGAUUAUCCGAAAUAUGUACCGAACGUUGUAGGAGACAUACUUGCAACAAAAACAUUGUGCAUGAACGCUAAGCAUUAUUUAGGUCUUCAUUAUGAUCUUCAUAAUACUUAUGGCACAAGUCAAGCAAUAGCAACGAAUUAUGCACUGACCAAUAUUCGACGAAAAAGACCAUUUAUAAUAUCACGUUCAACUUGGGUGGGUCAUGGACACUAUGCUGGUCAUUGGACAGGAGAUAUUUAUUCCUCAUGGCACGAUUUAAAAAUGAGUAUUCCAGCAAUAUUGUUGAUGAAUUUUUACCAAAUACCAAUGGUUGGUGCUGACAUUUGUGGAUUUAAUGGAAAUACAACAGCGGCAUUAUGUAAUCGUUGGAUGCAACUUGGUGCAUUUUAUCCUUUUUCUCGUAAUCAUAAUUCCGACGAUACAAUCGAACAAGAUCCAGUUGCUAUGGGCGAUUUAGUAAUAAAAUCAUCAAAGCGAGCCCUUACGAUACGUUACUGGUUGUUACCUUAUUUAUAUACGUUAUUAUUUCGAGCACAUAAAUUUGGAGAAACUGUAGCGCGACCAUUAUUCUUUGAAUACUCGAACGAUUCGGCCACAUACGAUAUCGACACUCAGUUCUUAUGGGGUAGUUCUUUGAUGAUAAUUCCAGUUUUAGAAGAAAACAAAACGGAAGUAUCAGCUUAUUUACCACAUGGAGUGUGGUAUAAUUUUUAUACAAAAGAAUCCGUCUUCGCGCUGGGUAAAUAUUACACGAUGAAUGCGCCACUCGAUACUAUACCAUUGAUGAUUCGCGGAGGAUCCAUUUUACCAGUACAGAAACCAGCUGAUACUACAACUAGCAGUAGAAAGAAUAAUUUCGAAUUAUUGAUUACUUUGGAUCAUGUGAAAAAGGCAAAAGGCGAACUAUAUUGGGAUGAUGGCGAUAGUUUAGAUUCGCUGGAGAAGGAACAAUUUGUAUGGUCAGUUUUCACCAUUGAGAAUGAUACUUUAUCCACUGCCAAAGCAAUGAAGAGUUCUUUUAAUGAAAAAAUGAUCUUAGGAGGAAUACAAAUAUGGGGAAUAACAUCUAAUAUUUCACGAGUAUCUUUAAACAAUCACGAAAUACAGUUUAAAUAUGACAAUAAAGAAGAUUGUUUGAACAUAAGCAACUUACAAAUAGACUUAAGAGAGAAUUUCUUGCUUCUUUGGGAAUACACUGAUUUUGAACAACAUGAUGAUAGUAACAAAUGACAGUAAACUUGAUCAAAAUAUAUGUUCACUUGUAUUACAUAUAAUAUUGUUGCUACAGGUAUGAUAUACAAAAUAUAUUUCAAUCGUUUUUAGUAUUAAUUUUACUAUAAUACUCUAUUUGUAUACAUAUAUUCCUACAUGUUAAAGCACAUAUUUUUUGAAUAAAGAAGAGAAGCAUUUUAUUGAAA